UGACUUUAUUCAUUCAUAUACAGUGGAACCUCUAUUAACGACCACCUCCGAAUAGCAACCACACGCUAUAUAACGGCCAAGAGCUUAGGUCCGGAUUGAAACUACAAUGACUUCAAUGUAAAGCAACCUCUCAAAAGCGACCACUUCUCUACUCCGUACAACGAGCAGCUUUCUAGUCCCCCAACUAGAAUUAGCAGAAAAUUAUUGCUGAGAUAGUAUUAUUUUGCACAAUCGUGAAAACCUGGCUGUAGCUUGUCUCUACAGCCUUUUCAAAGCUUGUAUGAGCUAAAGAAGCAGUUAGCAAAGCCCCAAGAUUCAUUUGCAGCAAGAAAUGACUCGUAGAAAAUACAUAGCUGGAAAUCGAAACCUCCCAAGGAAGACCACCUCUCUAUAACGGCCAAAACGCUGGUCCCCAAUGGUGUCCGUUUUAUGGAGGUUCCACUAUAGACUAAGUUGUAUCAUUUUUAUUGUUGACAGUUAUAUAAAUAACAAACAUUAGAUAUUGAAAAUAGCGUUCUAUAUACAGUGCUCCAACCAAAGAGACAGGAACUUUUUAUUUUUCACAUUUCAGUUCAUAUCUUUAAAAAUAUAAGUGUUUUGUUCAAUAUGAGUACAGGUAUUGAAAGAUAAAGUAUUGGCGCUUCUCUUGGACCACCUCCUGUUACAUCAUCACAGCAAGAUGGCUUCCUGAAGAAGAGCACUGACGAAAAUAAUUAUGUUAGGUAUAGAACUAGCCUAUUUCUUUGAGUUAAGAUCUGAAUUUUUACCUAUGAAAUUUCGCGCUAUAUACGGUAUUCUCAAUUAUUCCUUUAGACACGUCACCUAAAAUUAUUCCAAGCAUAAUUUCUGUUAUGUCUUGCCUUCUGUUGACAACAGUGUUACUGUUGUAGACUGCAUUACUGGAAAAUGUUCAUAGCUGCAUGCAUAGUGACAGUGCAUAAAAUUACAUGCACUGUCAUCAUCAAAGACAUGAUUAUAAAGAAACCAGAUAUAAUGCAGUGCAUGUAGUGAAAAAUGUUAUGUAUGACUUAACUGUGUCUAGCACAGCAACUCAGGAGCUAAACUAGACUGGAGGCAUGCUGAAACAUUUGAGAACAGGGUUUUAGUGGUACAUAGAUACCUCCCGGAUCCCAGAGUCAGCUAACAGAGACGAACCGGACACAAUUCUAGCUUUCUAUUGUAUUAACCCUUUUCCACAAUCACACAAAGCAAACAGUAAUUAUUGGCUUCUGUUUCAAAUAAUAGCCGCGUUUAGAAGUACGCAAAAAGUCGCCUUUUCUCUUUGCAAAUUCUGAUUCUGCCAAAUUGCCUUAGUUUUUUAAUGCUACAAGUCCCCCUUACAUUAGACAAGCAAAGAAUCCAAGUAUUGAAACCCUACACUGACUUGUGGAUCACUUGCUGUUUUCGUAAACGGAGUGAAUCAACUAUAACCCAUUAACAGCUAGAGAGCAUUGACUUGACAAUACUGAAACAAUAAAAAAUCAUACCUGAGACAUAAACUUAAUUGUUGCUAGAACAGUAACUGGGACAAUUUUUGUUUGGCAUGGAAGCACAAGAAGCGUUGAGCGAGUUUGUUGAAGGUAUUAGAGAGGCUUACAGAGAGAGACAAUUAAACAUGGAGGAAAAAUGGCCACCAGUUUCUGGAGAGAGGCUGAUUAACUUGCAGUUAGUGGAAGCAGAAAAGAAAGCCGGAUAUAGAGCUGGCUUGCCACAAUAUGGUGCACCUGAUGAUAAGGUCAAACGUAUCAAACGCAGUCCAAUCCUCCUUGGUAGCUUAUUCAAAGUCGAAAAAGGCAAGAAGCCAGUCAAGAAGCUCAUUGUUGAAGGCCAUGCUGGGAUCGGUAAAACCACACUGUGCACCAUGCUUGCAGAAGGGUGGGCAGAGGGAAAGAUCCUGGCACAAUUCGACUGUGUUCUGUUGCUUCCGCUAAGAGAUCAGUUAGUCAGCUCGGCUUCUUCUCUUCCUGACAUCCUGGCCCUUCAUCACCCCGAUGAGACUAUCUGUGAGUCUGUUGCUCGACACCUAAAGAGGACAAGAGGAAAGGGAGUGCUGAUCAUAGCUGAUGGAUGGGACGAGCUCAGUGAAGCCAACCGUUCCAAAGAGUCUGUUUUAUACAAACUUUUGUUUGGACGUCUUCUUCCUUCAGCUGUUGUUCUCCUCACAUCACGACCUUCUGCUUCAGCUAAUCUUCACAACCUUCCUUCUGUGACCCAUUUGGUUGAGGUAGUCGGUUUUAAUAAAGAAAAUAUCAAGCAGUACAUAGAAUCUGAGUUUGAGCAAUUCCCAGAGAAAGCUUCUUCUCUUAUCGAGCAGCUUGAAAACAACCCAGUCAUUCAGAGUGUGUGUUCUGUGCCCCUCAAUUGUGCCAUUGUUUGUAACUUGUGGCACACUUUAGACCAAGAACUUCCUCGUACACUAACUGAGCUGUACACUCAAAUUAUUCUUAGUAUUAUCCUUCGCAACAUCAAAAAGAAGUUCCCUGAUUGUCCAAUUGGCCUCAACAGGUUUGACAAGAUUCCCAACAAUCUACAAGAUACAUUUUGGUUGAUUUGUGAGUUUGCCUAUGAGUGCUUAUUACUAGAUCAGCUGGUUUUCUCAGAAGACGAAUUGUCCUCUCGAUUACCCAACGUUGGUGACAAGUUGCAGUGCUUUGGUCUGUUGCAGUCUGCACGAUCACUUCUACCUGUUGGUCAUGGCCUGUCUUUUCACUUUGCUCACCUGACCAUCCAAGAGUUCUUGGCUGCCCUCCAUCUUGCUACUCUACCCAAUAAAGAGAAACUGAAGGUUGUUAAGGCUAAUUCUAGGAGAUACGGGUUCAAAAUGGUGUGGAGAUUUAUGUUUGGUCUUGCUAGUAAACACAAUGGUAGUUGUAGUGAUAAGAUGAUCAGUUUGAGUGAUGGUUUAAUGCUGGUGGCUAGUAAGGAGUUUAGUUUUAUGACUUUAUUUGAUGUGGCUUUCGAAGCUUUAAACCCUGGCUUCUCAACAAAAGUUUGUGUAAUGCAUGGACAACAUCUAUUAAACACUGUCAGCACUCCCUUCGACUUUAUAGCUAGAUUCUAUGUUCUUCGUCAUACUACACAGAGGUGUGUUAUGGAUAUCAACAUAUUCGAUUGUGCAAUCAAUGAUAAGCUGUUGAAGGAACUAACUGACAUACUUUCGAAUGCGAAUGGUAAACUAGAAGUCCAAAAAUUAUCCCUACAGCAGACUAAGUUGACUGACAAAGGUGUUGCUGAUCUAUUCAAGAGAGCUUCAACUGCCUUUACUGCUUUAAAUGAAAUCUCUUUGCCGAAAAACAACUUGACUAACGUGAUGUCUUCAUUCACGCACACUUCUUGUACCAACCUCACAGAACUGGACUUAUCCGAGAACCCUCUUGGAGUGUCUGGCAUACAGUCAUUAGAGACAGCUGUACAGUCUGGUAUUCUUUUCAACCUGAAAGUACUGCAGCUCACCAACACCCUCACUGACGAUGCUGACGUCAAUGGAGCUCUACUGACCACCCUCUUACAGUCGAUUGCCCCUCACUGUCCUGAUCUGGUAGAAUUAUCACUCUCUAAGAAUAAUCUUGGUUUACCUGGAUUAUGUGUCGUUAUAGAGAACAUUCCGUUAGGAUUGACUUACAUAGAUUUAUCAGCUACCCAUCUCACCACUUCAGAGUCUCAAUACACAGUCACCUGUGAGAUGCUGGAUAUUCACCCAAACAGUUUAACAGUGAUGGCUUUAACUAACUGCAAUUUCAGUGGAGCUGCUGGAACUCUCUUACUGGCAAAGAUUCUUCAAGCAUUUCAAUCACUGGAAGGCCUUAGCUGCUCUGACUGUUCUCUCACCUCUACCGACAUCAUAAUGCUUAUCCAACAUCUCAAGUCUGCCAAUGUGACAUGUAGAAAUUUAAAGUUGUUACUCCUCAUAAACAACUGCAUUGAUGAUGGAGGAGUGAUAGCUCUCACUGAGUGUUUACCAGAGCUGUUCCCUAGACUGAAAAACCUCAACGUCGAGAGUGAUGAUGAGGAUGAUACCGUUGCUCUCGGUGGUAAUCCUGUGAGCGAGGAGUUGAUACUUAUGUGCAACAAUCAGUUGAAGGUCAUAGAUGAAUCACGUAGAACCGCAGUGUUGAAUGAAUGGGAGAGAACAUCUUUACCUCCACAGAUGACUCCUAUUUUUUAUGAACUUUGGGAUGCGCUACUAUCAGAGAUAGCUGAACUAUUUGACCUCAACCAAACAGACAAUGCACUGGACACUGAGAGUAAUGUUGCCAGUUAUGUGAUCUUCUUUCCAGACCUUCGUGCCCAUAACCAGAAUUCUCCUCAAGCUAUAGAACCACCCAACGAUGAGCCUACCUGUCCUACCGUACAGUCUACCCAAAUAAUUACGGAGCGAGAGGAAACAGAUUCUGUUGUAUCAGUUGCUUACUCUAGUAAAGAUGAACCAUCCCUCCCAAGUUUACCAACAAAAACAACUCAAGUCAGUUCAGUCCCUCCAGAGUUGACUAUUAAUAUUCUGGACAAGGAGCUCAAGACACUCACAAAACCAAUACAGUUUGGGGUCAAUUUGGACAUUCCCCAAUACCGACUGGAGGUCAUCCAGCAAGACCAUCCGUUCGAUACCGAAGGUCAAAAGAUUGCCCUGUUCCAGUUCAUUGCCAAAAACCACAAGAGUCGAGGAAUAACUUGGAGCAAUAUUGCCGACGCUCUCCAUGACAUUGAUUAUGGAGACUUGUCAUCAGCUAUUAGGAGAAAGUACUGCAUGUACUAGUUAUAGCUUGAUUGUGACUUAACGUUCAUUAUAAUUAUAUAGUAGUAAAUGUUCUUUUGUAUCACGAACUUUUUUAUCGUUUAUGCAACUAGAUAUGAAAACAUGACAUAAUUAUAUAAAACAGAAGUUGUACUGAGAUCCUAUGUUUGUUCAUUGUUUGU